AUGUCAUCGCCUCACCAAGACGCCACGGGUGGCAUCCUCACCCCAGACCAAGUAGCCCAGUUCCAUCGGGACGGCUACCUCCUUCUGCCCUCGUUCUUCGAUCCGGCCCCACUCCUCUCGCACAGCAAACACCUCAUCUCCAACUUCCCGCUGGAGAACCACCCGCUCACGGCAUUCACCACUUCGGACGACGAGCGCGGCGAAGAAGCGCACGUUGGUGACCGCUACUUUCUCGACUCUGGCGACAAGAUCCACUACUUUUUCGAAGAGGGUGCUAUCGACCCGACCACCAAGCAGCUGCGCGUUGCGAAAGAUCGAGCGAUCAACAAGUGUGGACAUGGGCUGCACAUGCUUGAUCCGACAUUCCGGAAAUUCUCGUUCAGCCCGCAGCUGCAGAAUGUCGCCAAGAGUCUAGGUGUGCAUCAGGACCCGAAGGUGUUGCAGAGUAUGAUUAUCUGCAAGCAGCCGAGUAUUGGCGGUGCGGUGCCGAGCCAUAACGACUCGACGUUCCUCUAUACCGACCCGCCUUCCGCCAUCGGCUUCUGGUUCGCGCUUGAAGACUGUACCCCCAGCAACGGCUGCUUGUCCUUCCUCCCCGGCUCGCAUCGCUGGCCCAAGACCCAGCCAACCCCUGCUCCAGCAUUCCCCUCCGCCCGACCCGCUGACGAGCACAAUGCCACACUCGGCACAGCGAGAGGCGUUAACAAGCGCUUCGUCCGCAAGGACCCCGCAAACCCAGAUGCAGGCACGACUUUCCUCCAGCUAUCCGAGAACGAGGAGACCAGCUGGAACGACGAGAAGGCCGAGGUCGCAGAGUGCAAGGCGGGAACCUUGGUGCUGAUUCACGGGUCGGUGCUGCACAAGAGCGAGAAGAACUUGAGCGAUAGAAGCCGGUUCAUCUACACGUUCCACAUGAUCGAAGGCGAUGCUAAGUAUGAUGACAGGAACUGGCUGCAGCCUACCGAACAGCAUCCGUUUCCUAGCCUGUUCGCUGCUAAGCAAGCCUAG